AUGAAAAUAGGUAAAGGUGGUGUAGAAGCUAGACAUGGAAUCGAGCGUAAGAUUGCCGGUGCUAUUUUAGUGAUUUCAAUUAGUAUAUUUUGGUCUAUCUUUUUUUCCCCGAUUAUUUGUUCUAUUCUAUUUGUCUCAACAAUUAGACGAAAUGUAGAUAAAAUGGUAAUUGAGAAGUUGGUUUUUGGCGAGAAGGGAAUUGAGUUGGGAUUUAAGUUUGCUGAUUUAGUUUGUCCUUUUAACAUUCAAUGUACUAAUUUAGAGGUUGGAUUUGCUGCUUCUCGUAAUGAAAUGCCAUUUGCUUAUCUAACGGCUGCUAAGAUUCUCAGUACGCAAAGGGAUGGAUUUCAUGUUGAGGGUGAGUUUUUGUAUCGCUUGCCUUCUGAAUCAGUAGUUGUUCCUCCUGAGUUUUGGAUGAAGGUAGAGAAUCAUGUUUUACUUACUAUUAAAGGUAACCUUUGUUUUCGCUUGUGGAGUAGGUUUCCGGGUUUGGCUAUUCCGAUUGUCUUGUUGAAUACUCCGGGUGUUUACUUGGGUAAUCAGCCGCCGCAUCCUGAGAAGUUAAUUGAAACUCUCGGGAAUGCCGGGCAGAUGGUUAAGAAAGUCAGGAAAAGAGAACUACCCGUGCAAAUCCUUGAUUACGUCAUGGAAGAUACGGAUACACAAUUAAGUAUGCAUGGGCAUUUCUUGUACCGGAAGAAGAUGAACUACUUGACCUUGAAUAUGCCACGAGUUGAAGGUCAGAUGUAUAUUGGCGAGGUCGGUUGUGUAUCCUGGGUAAUGGAGGCGCAUCAGAUUGAGAAAGGAUCUAUUCAAGGGGCGGUUGGCUUUGCCAUGGCGGUAGAUAGGGCGGGUGUGGAUGUAAUUAGAUCGGGGAUGCAGCAGUACUUGCGGAAGGAGUUAGUUACAGUUAGAGUAGGUGAUUUAGUUGUAUUAGGGGCACAUAGUUUAGCAGAACAGUUUGUAGCUCGGUGCUUAGUUGAGAUUGCGGCGACAAUUAAAGUCUUCUUCCUUUCUUCGGGUCGGCACAGUUCGCGGCGGUCGAAUGAACCUUUGGUGGAAGUUCAGUUUUUAUCGGUAGAUACGGCGGGAAUGAUCGGUCGGGUUUUGUUUAAUGAUGCUAUUUUUCCGAUUGCUGGACUGACUAAAGCAAUGAAUGCGGGUCGGGCGCCUAGUUUAUCUUUUGGAUUCCUACUUAAUGGUAAGCGUUUAGGACAUUUCCGUUCAGUUCAUAAUUUUGGGCAUAAGGAAGGGAAUAAGUUAGUCCUUGAUGGUGUCCUGACUUUUCAUACGGGAUUGAGUGCCAUUGAAUCUUUACUGGUGGCUCGAGGUCCGCCGGAAUUUAAAGGUCCUAUUUGGAGUGCUUCUUUGCAGAUUGUAGAAACACCUUCAGUACUUAGUCGGUUAUUUAGAGGGUUUGGCACGCACUGGCGGAAUCGUAAAGGUCUUUGUGUGGGGUAUGAGUGGCAGCCGAAGAAGAAAGAGCGAAGGAGGGAAAAACUGCCUAAGUUUAGAGGGCAUUACAAAGUCCAGAUGAACUUAAGACCAGAAGCAUUGGAGACAAGAGAAGUGCGACCGGCUACUGCUGCUAAUUACUUCCAGAUGUAUGCGAGUGAUAGUCGGGCUUUAGGUCAAGUUACAGUUGAUUUUGGGAAGAAGAUGGAAGUGAAUGAGAAUUAUGUCCGGUUUAAGUGGGAGCCAACUACUUUUGGUCUAUCAAUUAGUCGUUUACCUUUAUUUGUUACCCUUAAUCGGGCAUCCAUUGAUAUUCUUGUUGGUCCGCGUAAUUCGGAAUGGGGGAUGCGGUCUAAUAUUCCUCCUAAGUGUGUAGUAGGGAUUGGGUAUAAGGAAAUAAGUGCGCCAUCGGUUGGUUUGACUUUCUUUGCUGUGUUUACUGAUGUAGAACGGCCCUAUCGUUUAGCUCAGCCGAUUGACUUACAAGUAAGUAUGCAGAAGGUUACUCGGGCUAUUCAGUUGGCGGAACAGAACCAAAGUCCGGGAGAAGUUCUUCUGGAGAAUGAAUCACUUGUAUCUAAACCGAGUAGUACUAUUCCAUCCGAAUCAACUAGUCAGUCUUCUUCUUCUAUGCCGGGAGUAGUUGAUCGGUCUAUUAAUGCCCUGAUUCGUAACUCGGUCUUUAAGAUGAAGUCGACUAAUACUGAGAAUAUCAUUCAUGGUCUUUUCCAUCUUGAUGCUUCUUACCAACUGCCUAGUCUGGAACAUGUCUCUACUUUUACUAUUGCUAUUAAUGUUCCUGCUAUCUAUAUGGCCGUACUAGAAGAGGGUAAACCAGCUCCUGGGGCAGUAGUGGCUAAAUUAUGCAUUGAACCGUGCACGAUUGAGUACUCGGCAUCGACCACGCGUCAUCGGGGCUUUUCUAUCUCUCCGGCUAAAGUGGAAGGUAGUGAUCGAACUCGACCGAAGACUCAAGAUAUUGAUAUUAACUUUAUGGCUAAAGAGACCCUUUUCACUAGUAAGGGGUACAUCUUUGAAGGUCAAACUGGCCGGUUCUUCCCGUAUAACAGAGCUAUGCUAUCGGUGUUAAAGGUGGCUAAAGAGUCGAUUUUGUCUAGUUCUAGUCCGGCUAAGCCUAAAGUUGAGAAGGCUAAGAUAGAUCAUGCUUUUGAUAAGAGUAUUAACAUUACAACGGCCGUAGAGACUCAUCAGGACUCGAUUUUUAUCGAUUCAACUCUAGCUUAUGGUACAGCUCCUACUUCAACUAGUACUUCGGCUGGAUGCACCGAUGGUAUUCUAACUCUACCGGCGGCUGCCUUUACUAUUAGACGGAUUCAAGAUCGGUUUCCUUUACUUGUUCUACAGUGUGCGGGUGUUAAGAUUGAUAUUGUUCAUAAUCCUUUUUCCGUUUGGGCUAGCUUAUCUUGUGAGAUAACUAAUGCGCUUUUGACCCAUUUAGCUAAGAAGGAAACAGGACUACUACUUAUUCAUGAAGUGACUAUUGCAGGGAUUGUUACUUCUCCUAAUGAGAUUAUCUUCCAUCAUAAGACCUUGGAAUUACUUGAUUACUUCGGGAGUAAAACCUCAUCUAGUAGUAGUAGUAGUGAAGGCGGGUCUUUCCUGAACAAUUUAUCUUGUACCUUAUUGAGUGUUGAUGCCCGGGCCUUGAAUAAAUCGACUAGGCCGCGAUCUGGAUGGCAGGAGACAGUGAUUGAGGACAUUCAUAUUUAUAACCAAAUCCAUAAACCUUCUAGUGGUCAUAAGACACCUAAGAAGAGUACUACCCACCAUGAGUUUUCUAGUGCCGUUAUUCGGAAUGUUUUUGCUGCUCCCCAUCUGUCUCCUACGGCCGUAAGAGAGGGCGAACUAGCCGUUAAAGGUUUCACUCUUCAAGAUGCCGUGGAAACCCGGAUUAAUCUUGAAUUAUGUGGUGGAGUUAUCAGUAGUCUUCAGAACGUUAUCUUUACUUUGCAAAAGCGUUUACUAGGUAGUAAGAAGCGAGAAAUAUCGCUAUCUCUUAAUAUUAAGUCCAUUCCAAUUCUUAAAGUACUCCAAAGACCGCGAGGUCCAGAUAGUGAAGCAGUUGAUUUAGCCCCGCCGGGUUUCCUCUUUCUUUCUCUACCGCAGGCCUCCUAUACUAUUGAAGGCGUCUUUCCGGCCACACUUAAAACCCCAGCCCCGGCUUUAAAACUAACUCUUGCGCUUAUCUCACCCCACGAACUCAAAAUCACUAAACAAACACUAUACAGCCCGGUUGAGCUAUCUCCUCUGUUUCAACUGCUGGCCUUCCUGCGCUCGUCUUCAAAGAAGAAUGCGAGUGAUAAGCCUCGUGAACUCCGCACUAAUCUCCAACGGCUUUUCCAAGAUAAACUCAUGCUCUCCCUGGAAAAUCAAGGGCCUUUAGUAACUAACGCGUCUGGAAUAGAAACUUUCGGGUCCAGAACAGUCUCAGGGUACGUAGCCCAGAAAUGCGCCCGGUUUUGCCGAAUACUAGCUCCAGAUAUGCUAGUGCCUAAGAAAGUCUUCCAAUUGCAACGGGCUCUUAAUCGUAUCUGCUGUUUUGGUAUUCGACGGGCCUUACCAGGUGCCCAGUACUUUGAGCAUCCUAAAGACUUGCGUGUUAUUUACUUGGAAGCCCCGCCUACCUUUACCUUUACUAACCAUGCCCAGCUAAUGCUGACUGCUGAACUUAGCGGUAUUCCCGUGCUAGUUCUUCCCUUCCCUAUGGCUAAACUGCCUGGGGAUCCUUGGGUUUUGAUUGGCAUCUAUAUUAACGGCCAAGCCAUGCGCAAGUACUUAGACAAACACAGCCAGACACCACUUUCUUUGUGUUUAACCAUAGACAACGUCAAAACAGUUGUCCUAGAACUUACCGAUACAUUUAUGACCGAUUCAAUUGUCUCUGGCACACAUCUCUCCUGGAUUGCUUCCUUUUCACUAUCCCGUAUAGCUCCAACCUGGAAAGGCGCUCUUUCUUGGAUUUCGCAGUAUAUCUGUGCUGUGCUUCUUCCUAUUCAGGAUCCGCGUGUUCCAGAAGACCUGCGGCUUUACAACGACAGUUUAGCCGCUAUUAACCGUGUACAUCAUAUCUACCGUGCUCUUUCGCAAUAA